GCCAAAAAGGGGAUGAAGCGGCAUCUAGACGAACUCUUUCAUCCUCAACGGCGACGUCGACACGAAGCUUGGCCUGUGGAAUGCUGCGCACACGUCUCGUACGCACUUUGCAACCGCGGACGGCGCGCCUCGCGAGCACCUCUGCGCGGCCUCCAACAGGUCUGGGAUAUGCUGCCUUGGGUUUGGGCGCGGGUGUCCUACUUACGUCCGCGUUCUUCUUCGCGCGUCCGACGCACGCCGACUCGACGGUCCAACCGACGACCAGCAAAGUGCACGCCGGCACAGUCGCUGCAUCCAACCGCAGCCAGCUCGCACAGGAGACCAAAGUUGAUGCGGCUACCCUUGCAAAGGAGCUACGCGUAGUGCUGAACGACACGGACGACACGCUCGAAAGAGUCUCGACCGACCCCGAGGUGUUGCAUGCGCACGGCUACAGCGAGAACGACUACCAUCCAAGCUCGGAUCCUACUGUCGUCGUUUUCCCUGGCUCCACUGCCGACGUCGUCGCAAUUGUCAAGAUCGCAAACAAGCAUCUUGUGCCUAUUGUCACCUAUGGCGGUGGCACGUCCAUCGAGGGUCACUGGCGCGCGCCGCCUGGAGGAGCUAUUUGUGUCGACAUGCGGGAUAUGGACAAGAUUCUUGAGAUACACGGCGAGUGCAAAGCGUCCCUUACACGAGACUCAGAUCUUGUCUGCCAGCCCGGCAUAGGAUGGAUAGAGAUCAACGCUGAACUGAAGCGACGUGGAAUCCCGCUUUUCUUUCCCAUCGAUCCUGCACCGGGUGCGUCCAUCGGCGGGAUGAUCAGUACAGGAUGCUCGGGCACAAACGCGGUGCGGUAUGGUACCUCAAAGGGCGAAUGGUUUCUAAAUAUUACGGUCGUGUUACCCUCAGGCGAGGUCAUUAAGACACGACGGCGUUCGCGAAAGAGUAGCGCAGGCUUCGACACAACAAAGCUGUUCAUUGGAGCUGAGGGUACAUUGGGGAUCAUCACGGAAGCGACUCUCCGUCUUGCACCCGUCCUCCCGACAACAGUUGCCGUCGUUCAAUUCCCCGACGUCCGUGCCGCAUCCGAAGCGGCAAGGGAGAUUGUUAAUAGUGGGGUUGGAAUACAGUGCGUGGAGCUCUGCGAUGAUGCAUUCAUGCGCUCGUCGAACCUCUACGGCCAGAGUACACGCAAGUGGCCUGAAAAAGACUCGCUAUUUAUCAAGUUGCAAGGGUCGACGCCGUCAAUCAUGAAAGAGGGAAGUAUCGUUGUCGAGAAGAUCUGUACCUCGCACGGUGGGACAAGCUUCACAUGCGCGGAAUCAAAGGCCGAGGCAGACGCACUUUGGGCAGAUCGGAAGAAUGCGUUAUAUUCUGCGCUGGCACUGGUUGAGGGGAGUAGGGCUUGGAGCACCGAUGUCUGUGUACCUGUCAGUAAACUUCCGCAGCUUGUGUACGAAACCAAACAAGACAUCGAGAGCAGUGGGAUUGUGAGCACAAUCAUUGGGCAUGCUGGUGAUGGCAACUUCCACGCAGUGCUGCUAUUCAGAACUGACGAGGAGCUGGCUGUCGUGCGCGGACUUGUGCACAGGAUGGUUAAGCGUGCAAUCCAACUUGACGGCACAUGUACAGGAGAGCAUGGUGUUGGGAUGGGUAAACGCAAGUAUCUACACGAGGAACUUGGUGCAGGCACUGUUGGGCUUAUGAAGACAAUUAAGCACACACUUGAUCCACACAACUUGUUUAAUCCAGGAAAGGUAUGCUUCAACCUUUGUGCAUGA